AACUCUUCAGUCAGCUGUACUUGACUCACCGCGGACUCGCUCGCGUUCACACCGCACUCGGCUGAGAGACCGACUGGCCCGCGCGCGGAAGUUGCAAGCAACUGCGCGCUACCUCUACAACGGCACCUCCACUAUUUCUCACUCGCCGUACGAAAAAGAUAGAAACAGAAAUCUCUUAUUUACCAGACCACCAGCCUUUCCACAGGAGUUGACGCGUUGCGCGGACUGACAGUUGCCCUUCACAAUGCUGGAACACCAACAAACAGUGAGAGUAGCAGAGGAACCUCGGGGCCAGCUGCUGUCAUCGCUCAAGAGCUCCGUGUUUAUCCUGGGCACAGCAUUCGUGGUGCUAGUUGCUGGAAGCAACACUCUUACCUGGCACCUGCAGCGCUUCUGGGGGGCAUCAGGCAACUUCUGGCAAGGCCAGUGGGAUGCUGUCGAGGCUUUCUUUGAUGGAGACGAGUUCUCCAAGAGUAUUUGGGGUACAUUUGCUGUGACCUUUGCGGUCUACUGGCUGGUUGGUGGUCUUUACACGUUGAUGGACCUCACUGGGCGUCCUGCAUUUCUGCUGCGGUACAAAAUUCAGGACACAGCUCCAUACCCAGUCACCAUUGGCCAGGUGUGGCGAGUGGUGCGUCAAGUGCUGUUCAACCAGGUGGUGGUGGGACUGCCCUUUGGUCUUGUGGCCCACCAGCUGUUGGUUUGGCGAGGCUACGAUCGCAGCCCCCAGCUGCCUACAUUUCACUGGGUCCUCUUUGAACUAGCAGUCUGCGUCCUGGUGGAAGAGGCAGGCUUUUACUAUUCACACAGGCUGCUGCACCAUCCCCGCCUGUACCGGCACAUACACAAGCAGCACCACGAAUGGACAUCUCCAAUCGCCAUCACGGCUGUCUACUGCCACCCGCUGGAGCACCUCUGCUCAAACCUACUACCACCAUUGCUAGGAGUGCUGCUGCUCGGCUCUCACCCUGCGACAGCUUGGCUCUGGUUUAGUGUGGCCUUACUUUCCACCCUCAAUGCCCACUCGGGCUUCCACCUGCCAUUCUUUCCGUCGCCGGAGGCACACGACUACCACCACCUCAAGUUCAACAACAACUAUGGAGUGCUGGGUGUGCUUGACCGACUGCAUGGCACAGACCAGCAAUUCCGACAGACAGAUGCCUAUCGCCGUCACGUCAUGUUGCUUAGCCUGGUGCCUCUGAAGGACCUGUUGCCUGCUGAAGGAAAGAAAAGCUCCCAGUAGCGUCCUCUGCAUGUGCCCUGCCAAGGCUUCCUUCCACAUGGCUUUGGUGACUGGGGAUGCCUUUCGUCUGAUGUGUCCUGUUUGGCCUGUGUCAUUGCUUCAUAACGAGCCUUGUGCAUCAGUGUGAUGCUCUGUCUGAGCCCCUUUUGCGGCUCAACACCUGUGAUAAUCUAGACUGCAGCACCACCUUACACACCAAGGUCCAGUUAUGCCUUUGGAAACGUUCAGUAGCUUGUUGGAUCCAAUAGCCGCCUCCGUGACCCAGCAGCCAAGAUGUUUUUUUGCUGAGCAAGACAUCGUAGGCUCGAAUUUUUGACUGCUCAUGGUGGAACAUGAAAAUGCCCAUGAGCUGAAAUUUCAGGUUGCUUUGAAAAAUUACUAGGUUACCACAGUUAACAUGGAACUUUCCAUCGGGGCACCCCUUGUAGUCCUGCGCCAGUAUAACAUAAGAAUUCCUUUCACUCGAUUCUAUUCCCUUCUCAUCAUCCAUCGCUCAUGACUGGCCAAUCCUGGUGAUAACUUAGGUGGAGCGCCACUUGGACAAUAGACGAGAUACGAAGAGGAAAAAUAAUUGAAAUACAAUCUGUCCCAGCGUUAAUGUAGCUUUGAGAGAUGAACGUAUUUCAGUUAAACAUUUCAAAUUUAGCUUAUGUAUGCUACGUACUCUGUCUUCAGGCGCUCUCUGGAUGGGAGCUCCUGCACAGGUUGCGAUGGUCCUGUUUAUGUUUCGGAAAGUGGUGCUCAUUCACUGCUGUGCCACGCUCCAAAACGUAAAAGCAGCACACAAAGUGGCUCUGCUUGAGGUCAAGCAGUACCACAGAUAAUUUCAGUACUUGCUGUGAUGGCUUAGUGGCCAUGGCAUUCUAAUGCCAACCAUGAGGUCGCGGGUUCGAUUCCCAGCUAUGAUGGCGGCAUUUUGAUGAGGGUGAAAUGCAAAAAAAAGAAUAUGCAGCAGAUCCAAGGAGAUGGCAUCUAUAUACAGCUAAGCUUUGUGUGACUGCAUAGAGAGUCGAAACACGAAUGUGCACACGCACGCGUGCGCACACACACACACAAGCGCGGGCGCGCACAAAUUAUACCGAGCCUUUUGUUAAGCGGCGUUGCUGACUAUAAGCGAGUACGACAGAUGCCUUGAACGCAUCAUGGUUUCAGAGGCAGCACACACAUACAUAUGUGGCACAAUUCGAAUCCAUUCUAUCCGCAAGAAGCAUUUACUUCCUCAUUACUGUGCAGCCAUGGAUGUGCGAAGGCGCGCUUCCUGGUUAUUUUUUUCUUCUUUUCUUUCCCACGCACAGCCGGCGCCGCGGAGGCGGUUGCCAUCUGCUGGUGCUGCAAAGAACCCAGCGGUGCACAUGCUUCGUUGUGAUUGGUUGGCCUAUUUGGCAAGGAAACAGCCAGGCCGCAGCUCCCAUGGUCACAAAACCUGGCUAUCGCUAAGAAAAACUUCUCUUUUUAAAACAUUUAUGUACUUAGACUUAGCCGCAAGUUAAAAGGGAACCAAGUGGUCAAAAUUAACCUGGAACCCUCCACUAUGGCAUCCCCCAUAACCCACUCUGUAGUUUUGGCACGCUAAACCACACAAUUUAAUAUUAAUAUGGGAAUUUUAGUGGUUGAUCUGGAUGCACCACCUUAGCGAGCAUCUGUGUCUUUAGCAAAUCCAAAUCUGCCACAGGGAAACAAAGUGAUCCAUACUGAAUUACAAUGCAGUUCACUCUGGGCAGUUGAUACUAUGUAUGGUGUCUAAUUUUUGCUUCCAUAUUGCUGCAUUAGUUCACAUUUCACAUUGACAUGGUUACCAAAAUUUCAGGUUGAUCACAAUGUUGCUUCUUUUAUCUGCACCAUUCGAUUAACAAAUGAUGCUUGUCUCAAAAAGUGAGUGUUGCAGCUGCUACAAACUCGGCCAUCACAUGAAAAAGUUCUAAGUUGUGCUCCGAUGUUUCCACGAACCACUGAAACCAGACAUAAUUGCCCUCUCAGCACGCUGAAGGGACACACCACUUUCUUAACCUUCCUAGUCAGGCCUUUGAUAGCAGAGAUGGAGAGAGAAAGCGAUAUACUGCAGAGCAAGUUGAUCUGAAAUGACGACUAAAAAAUCUGAACCUGCUUCAAAUGAACCAAUGGAAAAUAUACUUUCUGUCAUGGAGAAUUAAGAUUAGUGGAAGUCACCAUUGGCUCUUAAAAGCACUUUUUCUUUUGUGCACUCAUCUCCUUUUUCCACCAUUUCUUGAUCAUUUAUUGAGAGAGAGAGAUUGGUUGAAAGAAAAGUGAAAAGCCUGCUGACCACACUGUAAUUGUCUUGCGGCUGACUCCUAAACAUCGGUCUGCAAUAUGAGGAAAGAGGAGAAGGGCAAAUUUAGUAGCCUGCGGCACCAGAUUAUGUACCUACAUAAGCUUCCUUGCCAUAAUUGGACCCCUUUAUUCUGUCGCCCCCGUACUUCUUGAUUGCACUGAGUUAAACACUCACCACUUCCGACCUGCGCUUCCUGCUUAUGAGAGGUUGGCUUUUCUGCAACCCUUAGUUGUCUAGUGGCUGAGCCAGAUACUCUUGAAGUGCAAAAUUUGGGGGAAGAAAAUUAUUCUAUGUAAUGUCCAGGACAUGGCUCUAAACAUAAUGCCAGGUGCUUUCUCAAGCUGUCAACUGGAAAGAAAAAAAAAAAUCUCGCAUUUCAUUUGUGAAAACACGAUAUGAUAUAUAGUGCAGUGUACGAUACGAGAGAAAUUAAGAAGAAAGACAACAAGCGCCCCAUAUAUGUCAGCUCAUCCAACCAGGUACCAACAGUGAAUAAUAGCAGCAAAUAAUAAGGUGAAGACAUGGAAAGAGAUGCAAAAGGGUGACAUGAAGCUGCUGUUUUUUAAGAUUUAUUUUGUUUUCCCCAAUUUUUAGUAAAGGUAACAAGACUGCUGAAGUUUCCGAAGGCAUGUUCACUUCUGCUUUGACCUGUUUAAGCCAUAACACUGCUUAGUAGCUUGUGUCCAGUUAUGCAGUGCACGAAGUGGACUGGCAUGAAAACAAGCACAAGGAAUAGACAGGGACAAGCGGUCGCUUGAAAUCAAUGCUGGGCUCGGUCUAUUCCUUCUUAUGACUUGUCUCUCUUUUUUUUGCACACAUUUACAUUGUGCUUAUGCAUUCUCUUGGCAACCUGAAACUUGCACGAAGUUCUGCAAGUGCCAUACAGUAGACACACCUGACCCGGUACUCGCAAGUAUGCGACGUAUAUACUGCACUGUUAGGAAAUGGCAAGAGCAGUGUUGGUUUCUCCGUACAGUUUGCGUUUCACUUCUCCAGCGAAGGUGAAGCUUUGGAAUAUAAUAGUGGCACCUAUGGGCACCUUUGUGCUCUAACUAGAUUUAAUGUGCACAGCCCACGUGGUUGACUCCUUACAUUCUGGAAAGUUACUUUGAGUAUAAAAGAUUUUGGCAUUUGUGCAACACUACGCUGUAUGCUGUCCAAGCUCUGGAGGCAAGUGUGGCGGUUGCCAAGCUUUAACAGCAUGGUAAACUCAAUGUAGAAAGUCCAGUCCUCGUAGCACUCUCAUAGCGCUGCUUAGCACAAGGUCGUGGGUUUUGAUCCCGGCCGCAGUGGCUGCGAUGGGGGUGGAAUACAAAGACGGUCGUGCACCAUGCAUUGGGUCAAAAGAACCCCAGAUGCUCAGGCCCCCUAUGGCCUGCCUCAUAAUCAGAUUCUGGUUUUGGCACGUAAAACUACAGAAUUUUAAUUUUUAAUUUUUAGCACUUGCAUGCAUUUCUGCCGUGGCGGCUCAGUGGCAAUGGUGUUCUGCUGGCGAUAUUGACAUCAUGGGUUUGAUUCCCAGAUAUGGUGACUCUAUAUUGAUGGGGGUGGAGCACAAGAAUGUUUUAUGUACUGAGCUUUGGGUAAAUCCCAAAGGAACUCCCUCAUUGUCACAAAUGAUCUGAAUUCGUACACUGCAGUGUCUCUUAUAUAAAGCCCCUGUUUUGCUCUGGUAAAUUAAACCCAAUCAAUAAACUAAUCUUGCACAUGAAAAACGUGCAGAGUAAUCUACGGCAACACUUGCCAACAUCUUCUGCACACUGUCCAUCGCAGUGGUACAUGCUCGCUGGAAAGUUAGUCCAAGUGCAGAGAGUCCCGUAGGUGCUACCAUAACACUCCAGAACACAUCAUCCAUUUGCGCUUGACAUGUAGCUUAUGUAGAGUGUGAGACGUGUUGCUGCAGUGCAAACAUGUGUAUCUUCACGGUAUUACUUGCUCGCACCAAGGAAAAUGCUUUUUUAGAGGUCUGCCAUUAAGUGGCACAUCCAAGACAGCUACUGGACAUGGACACGCGGGCAUAUCAAUGCGAUGUUGCAAGAAGCAGCACUCCUCUUGCAAGUUUGACAUUCCAAGGAAAAGUUUUUUUUGCUAGGGUGUAGUGGCUAUGCUAAUGUAUCUUUGUAAGAGGCCAUUUUAUUUACGCCUACCUGUGAUUCACUCAUAUGAGUGGUGUAAUUUAUGUAUUUACGAGGGGCCCACGUGUAUGCGUUUGAUUUUAUGUGCUUGAAAGUGGAAGGUUUCUUGUUGGUGAAACCUACUUAAUAGUUUAUAGUAGCCACCACUUCUUAAUCAGCCAUUGUUAAGUGCAACUGUUGACAACAUUGUUGGGGUCCAGAAACCGAAAAUAUUUCGUAAAGGUGUGCCAAACUAGCCAAGCAGGUACACGACUCAAAUGCCUCCACUAAGAUGGUAAGUCUCGCAUUCACGAAAGGGAGCAGCUUGGCAUGCUGAGAAGUGUAAGCACUGCAGUUUUACUGGCGGCAAUAAGGUUAGGUGGCAAAGCCAGGUUGCGGAGCUUUGCAUGUCACUGAUUGAGCUCGUUUACUCUUUUGUUAAGGAAUGAGCAAGAACACCAAUGCUUCCUGAUGUAAUAAUUAUCGAGUGUGGUUGGGGUCACAACUUUACAUUUCUUGAUAUGUAGGAACCCAAAAAUGAGUGUGCGCUGCCUUCACAGACAGCUGAAGGUAGUUUAAAAAUAUGAACAGGUAUUAUAUGGAUCUUAAAAUGAAUGCCUGAAUGCAGUAAAUUGAACCUUGAUAUAACGAAUAAUGAGGUAUAAUGAAGUAGAUCUAAAAUGUUUCUUUCCAAUAUGAGCAUGUAACAAAUAUGUGAUUAUAACGAGUAUUGAAUGUAAAGAAGGUAUUUUAUACCAGAUGGCAACUUCUUUUUAUAUUGAAGUUCCAACUGUAUAUGUAUGCAAGUGGGUUGCCAAAAUUCAAGAUCCAGACUUGUUAAACGAAACAGUUGUCGGAACACACUAGGGUGAAGAAAAGGCUAUCCAUUUAUUCAUAUCGAGAUCUAUGCAAUUAAAAGAGUAAAAGCAAAAAUUUUCAUUGAUAAUAUAUAGCUGUUUGAAAUUAGAGACACAACAAAGAACCACAGGAGAUCAGCAUUUAAUCUGGAGCCCUUGUGGUUCACAAUGCAGAUUUGGAGUGUUAAUCACCAGCAGUUACCUUACUCAAUAUGAAAAUGGUCAGUAGUUGUGUAGGAAGUUGCCAACCAGAAAUCUCAUGCUUUCAUUAGUGUUAGAUCAAGCUAUCGCUGACGCUUCUUGUUUUGAGAUUGGGCCCCUUGUACAUUUUGGGCAUUUUGUACUUUACUCCAGGACAAGUGUGCGUAUGCUUGUUUGAUGCUACAUAUGUAAUACGAAAUGUAAAGGCUACUUUAGUGCUAAUAAUGUGAUCACAAUACAUUACAAGUUCCUACGUUCAUCUAAGUAAUAUCCAGGAAAACACUACUGGCAAAACAACUGCAAGGCUGUGUGUGAUAUGUGCAUUGUGUCUGAGAUAUGGAGACAGCCUGCCAGUAGCAGGUGAAUAUAGCGAGACAGGUUCAUUGUGCUUUUGGCAUUAGUAAAGGCUCGAGGUUGUAGUGCCAAGGUCAGUCCCCCCCGCCCUUUCUUUUUAAUCUCUUGAGGAAUGUGUUGUUGUGCAUGUUGUUGCAGCUGAAAACUGCACACGUUUUGAACCAUUUACAUUUCGGUAAAAUAAUGCACUGGCUCUGCAAGCAUCUGCAGGUGGUGACAAUGCAGCUGGAGAUUUACACCCUGCACACACACACUACUUUAGUACUGGGUGAAAGAAUGCACUGCUUUUUGGAGUGUUGCAAGCAUCUGCAGGCGGUGCCACUGCCCAUGUGCUUUCAAGCAAGCCCAGCUCGGGUUCGAGCGGCAUCAAAGGAGCUCUUAUUGGAAACAUCUACAUCAGUAUCUUUUAGACUUUUCCACCGUACUCGUGAAUGUUCUUCAACUCUUUCUUGACACUGAGUGUAAGACAGUGCCAGUCCUUGAGUUUACACUGGGAGUAAGCAUGGUUAUAAAAUUUUGACUCUGAAAUUGCCGAUGAGCAUUGCUGAAGUAGGGUUACCUGUUGACAGAUGUCACUGCCCUCCAGCUUUAGGAGCUGAGGUGGAGCAAUGAGUAGAGCAUUUUUAAGUUCAAGCUUUUGUUUUUGCCUAUAUUGAUAGUCUGUUAGAACUGCUAUUUGAAAUGCACUGUGUAUAACUUGGAUUUCCCAAGGUUAUGAAGGAAGCACUCCACUCUAUAGUCAACUUUUAUCAAGGUCAAUGUCUGGCUGUCAAGUUGACAACCCGUUGCCAGCAUGUCUUAACUCAACUGUUGCCAGUUCACUAGUACACUUCAGCUCUUAUACCAAGGAGAAAGGUGUUACGCCCUGCUGCCACUGUUAAAACACAAUGCUUCUGUAUGAUGCAUGAAUGCUAGUCACUGUUCCAAAUGACACAUUGCAUAUCUUCUUGAUUGUGUCCUUUUUCUUGUACGUGUAUUCAUAAUGAGUGCUUGGCGCAUUGCCUGCCACCAAUCGUGCAUUUUUGCUCCAAUCUGUCGUGAAUUGUACAACUGAUGAAAUUGCGGUGUCUGCGAUUACUCACUUUUGCAGAGUUUGUCACAAUACCUGAGGCUGUAUUGUCGAUCAAUCACUCCUCAUGGGUGUCACUUUGACACAACACCGAUUGGCUAAAAACCACCAGGACCACAUGUGAUAAAAAAAAAGCUUGUUGGUGUUGCAGGCCUUCAUGUGAUGUAGUUUUCAACUGAAUUCACGGGAUGGUUUAACUUCAUGAUGUUAGAAAAUGCAGUUUCUACAGUAAGGCACUGCUCCCCUCACCCCUUUUAUGCUGUUGAUGCAGUCUGAUGCAGGCAUCUGCAAGCUUAAAAUGUAACAUCACUCAUUACUCCAAACAUAGUCAUACAAAAGUGAAACUAUAAUCGAAAGUGAUUGAUUGAUAAUAAUGUCCCCACAUGUGAUUAGAAGUUAAGCUCUAGAGAAAUAAGGUGCUGGUUGGAGCAGACUGUUGUACGCCCGGUGAACAUUGUAGCAAUUAGUAGAAGCAAAGAUUGAUCAGAGGCAAUUGAGAUGGAAGAAAUCAAAGUGCUAGUUGCUGUAUCUCGCAUAGAAUGUGCCCAUGUAAAGUGCGGUCCACUGUUAAAUGUAACACAUGAGCGUAGAGCAUGUGUGAAUUUUCCCCUCUGGCAAGUGUACAAUCACCGGCUUUGCAGCACGUGACUUGUGGUUGGUGGUGCUCGUAAAAUUGUACACACCCUUUCGGUGCAUUGACAUAGCUUCAACCGCCACUCACAGCUGGAGUGCUGGCAAGCUGAGAGCCACACAUUUGUGUGUUCCCUUUAACAGUGUACUACACUGUACAAUAGCAAGCAGUGUGCUGGUAGACGAAAUUUUCAUUUGAGAUAUUUAGACUGACUCCAUCUUCUGCACCGAAGCUGCAGACGCAGUGUCUAGCACAGACAUCUUAACAUUUUUCUCUCAUAGGCAUGAUUGGAAUGUCUCUCAUUUGUCUUGCCGUUGCUUCUGUAUACAUCCAGCGGACCUGUUAUUUUAUGGUGAACCACGAGGUCACAAGGGUAUGUACAGUAAUUAGUGUUCAGCAUGCAAGUGCCUAAAGAAGCCACUGGCUGUUUUAAGUGCGGUCAUAGUAUUAUUUAGGGCAAAUGUAGUGUCAAGCACACUUGCUAGCCUGUGUAACGAGCAGUUUGCUGCAUUGAUAAGGCUGCUGCAGGUAUGUUCUCCUGAUUGAGCAGCCAUGCAGUUUUUUGUUGGCCAUUGGUAUAGCUAGGUUAAUUAAGCACAUGCUCUUCCCACCUCCCCCUUCCAGAGAAUUCUGGCUGCGCCAUGGCUAUAAGCAGUUUAUUCUCUACAGCGCUGUUUCUUUUUUUUCUAUGCCUGUGCAUAUAAACAGCAAUAAUUCUAAGAGAAGCAGCUUUUACACUACUCAUCGCAUGAUGUUAGAAUUUUGAGUUCAAUAUACCAUAUAUGCCGGUGACAAUAAAAGGCUUGGAAUGAAAAUUGAUUGCAAUGCAUGUGGGUGACCUUGACUGAUCACUUUUUAUUUGCCAAGUGAUCAACAAUUAAAUCUAAAGGUCUCUAUUUCUGUGUUUAUCUCUGCUUCCCUUGUCACCUGAACACUGUCAGGGGCUGGAGAGUGUUGAGCCAGUUGUGCUAGCCUGGUUGUGUUUUUUUUUUUGUUUUGUUAUUUUUACAUUAUAAUCUUAUGUUAUGAAUGUAUGUUAUAAAAUAAACGACCACUGCAUAA